GAACCCCUUCGCUGUACAAAAUGUCAACAUUAUGGCCACAUAGCACGUGAAUGCAUAGCACACAGAGACACAUGUGCAAACUGCGGCAACAAUCACCGCACCCAAGACUGCUCAACGAAAGACAAACACUUCUGCACGGCAUGCAAUGCAGACGAUCACCCUAGCUGGAGCCGAGACUGCCCUUCUUUCAUUCAGAAAUGCGAAGAUACUGACAAAAGAUACCCAGAUAACACCAUGCCAUACUUC